AUGACGAGGCUCCACGGAGCAUCUCUCGACGGUCCGAACCCUGCGCAGCCUGGCAACAGCGAGCGAUCACAAUACUGUCGGUCCAAGAUCCCGCCAAACGCACCGGAAGUUAUUGCCCAGAACACCGUCGAAGUUACGGACCCAUCUCGGGUCCUACCGUGGUAUCGGGAUGAGCGUCGGAGGCGAUUCAACGUGCUGGUGCGAAGGUACAAGAAUCAACUGCUACAUGGAUGUGACGACCCAGGAUGUCGAACCCCAACUUGCGCCAGUCGACGUCGGAGAGUCCGCGAGGGCCCGUAUCGCCGCUACACGGAACUCAGCGCGCGAACCCUAGCUUGCUACCUCGCCAGCCAAGACGAUGCAGAGAGCGGGUUGUGCUGCAACAAUCCUCGGUACACAUCCGAAAUGACGAUUCAUGAUUAUCACCGUAUUUCUCUCCAGCGAUCCCGAGCCUUCCAAGCGCAUGCUGCCGCCGCCGCCGCUACAGAGAAAGAUCGUCAUGAUUCCCAAGCUGCACGACAGCAAGCAGACGACCUCAAUACCAAUACGUUCGAGGAAGCAGGAGGAUCGUCGAUAACCGGCGAUCUCGCAGGAAUCACAGCCAACGACACGCAUCCAAGCACCUUCAAUUUUCAAGACCUUGACUACGCUGCCGAACAACCUCUCAAAGACCCGAAAUCCUUCACCCAAAAUCUAUUCGAUACAUUGUCAUUGCGCAUGGUAGAAUGGCUUCCACUCCGACGCACAACUGAAAAUUCACCGCUGGCCAGGGACCAAACAAUUCAUCCAGACAACAACCAGACACCAACUUACGAAAAGAGACACGACAAAGAAGAAGAUAGGCCGAAACCAGAUGCCAGUCGACUCACCCCUACGCAUGCAAGACAACCUCCACCUCGCACUCCUUUGUCGCGCCCUUCUGGAACACAGCCUUCGGCCGUGGAGCUCACAUUUCAAAACCAACAACUCAAGCGACUGUCGCUUACCGAAUCGGAUACUUGGCGACAGUCACCCCGGUCUAGCUUGGACGAGAAGAAGCGACCCGAGUACAAAAGUCAUAAACUGUCAAUGAACGCGCAACCCUCUCCAAAUGAGUUUGCCAGCAUGCCUUCCCCGCCGGCCUUGAAGCACCGUCCACAGAAACAUCGUGGCAGGAUGGGUGAUAUGGAUAAAUCACGCUCCAAAGACCAAGUUAAGACUAAACGACGUGUAUCGUGGGACAGUGAGAAGCUGUUGACCCAGGAAGCCAUUGGCGCUAGUCCGGAGAACGCCAAACCAAACCCUCCUCUGCCGGAUGUGGAUGUCGACACUCCAACAAACCGCAAACCAAAGUCGAGCUCCAUGCGUCGCAUGCCAAACGUGGCCCCGCUGGCCCAGUCCAUCUCCCAUUUCACCCCAGAAAUCAUCGAUGGUCUUAGCGAAGUCAUGAUAUCUUCAGAGGAAGAUGCAGAGACUUGGCGAGAAGAACUCGACCGCAUACAGUCCAUGGGAAGCUUCGACAAUCCGGACUGGAAGUUCGCAACGCCUCGCCAGCGCCAGGUAUUCCCUUUUAUCGCUCAGAGUGCAUAUUUCAUCUUCAGCAGUACUGGGCACAUCCUACGAUCCUUCGGGAGGGACGCUCUAGAUCUAGACACAACUGCCAACAAGAUGAAUAAACGCCUAGAUGUUUCAAACCUUCAGGGGUCUCUGCAGCGCCUUUUUACCAUCUGCCCUUGGGACAUCGCCUUGCAUAGUUUGUGGAGCUCGUUGGACAAGCUUUUCGUGCCGCCGGAUGAGUUGACCUCAUCUGGUCGACCUUCCCGUCGUUCGUCUCGGAGUUCUACUAUGACCAGUUCCGCUCCCCCUGUGGUACGGCGACUGUCAGAGUCAGCGAGCAAUGAGCACUUGUCUGACGCAGAUGCCGCUUACAUUGCCACGAUCGCUUUCUUUGUCUUGGCCAGUUCGGUCCCUGAUCUUGACGUUGGCACAUGGCGUGGUAUCCUGCGGAUGCGGGCCGCCGGAACUGUCGCCUCUGCUGCUGACAUGCAAAAGCUGUCUCCUGAACACGCUCAACAAGCAGUUGAAGCGACCGAUCGACUUGAGCAUGAGCUAGGCCUCCGCUUGAUCAAUCGUCUUGUACGUGCUCUCACAGCUAGACUCGCCUAUCAUGAGAUAUCCAAAGCUCGCCAGGUGUACAGCUUCGACCUACCGAAGCAAGGGAAAGUCAAUGUGCUUGAUCGCAUAAUGGACAAUCUCAGUGAGCAACAACCUCGCAAAGCCUUGGAGAACCAAGGUGCAUCUUCUCAAUCCACCGGGCCUACCCCUCUCAUCGUUGAGUGGCUCCGAACGCUGUUUCUACGCGAAUGGGAUGGUCACCCGGAAAUGGCUCGUAGCAGUGCUGCUGGAGGUGCCGUGCAGAUCCUGGCUCUGAUGUACAAGGAGCGAAAUCGGCUAGGUCUUUCCCCUGAAGACUUUCACACUCCUCUCCUCGCUGAGCGGCUGGACCCUCUCGAGAUGCCCAUUGCCUGGCUGGGGAGCCUCUCAAAUAACCGCACGAUGCAUCUCCUCUCAUACCCAUUCCUCUUCCCGCCGUCGUCCCUGGUCAUCUAUUUCAGAGCCCUCAAUUACUCGGCAAUGUCCAAGUAUUACGAGGCUGCGAUGACCACUACUCGUCAUAUCACACAAACUGCCUUUAGCAGUAUCCCGGUCGCAGAUGACGCCGCACUUCUGGCUCGUAUGAAGAUCUCCAUGUCCACGUAUCUGGUUCUGGUGGUUCGACGAGAUAGUGUCUUGACAGAUGCGCUCAAUCAGCUCUGGCGCCGAGAGAAACGAGAGCUGAUGCGCCCACUCAAGGUUCAGAUGGGCAUGGACGAGGGUGAGGAAGGGUUGGAUCACGGUGGCGUUCAGCAAGAGUUCUUCCGUGUGCUCAUGGGCGAAGCUCUGGAUCCAUCUUACGGCAUGUUCACGAUGGAUAGUCGGCAUCGUAUCUCCUGGCUCCAGCCCUGUUCCUGGGAACCUCUUUACAAGUUUGAACUCCUCGGGCUACUCAUGUCCAUAGCCGUGUACAAUGGACUUACGCUUCCCGUCAACUUCCCGAUGGCAUUCUACCGCAAGUUGUUGGGACUGAAGGUUAAGGACCUUGACCAUAUUCGUGACGGCUGGCCCGAACUCACUCAAGGUCUAGACGCGCUCCUCACAUGGAAGGAUGGCGACGUGGGUGAUAUUUUCAUGCGCACCUACGAAUUCAGUUUCGAGUCUGCAGGCACCGUGGAGACUGUUGAUAUGCAGCAGGUUGGCCGUGACGACGCGUGGUCGGACGCCUCUCACCUUUCUCGACCAGCAGCUGUUCGCCCUCCAUCCCCCACGGUAGCAGAAGCAUCCAGUCCCGCCCAGACUAUGCAGUCUUUGGCUACUCACCCACCACCUGUAACUGUUGCAGUCGAAGCACCUCUAGUGACGAACCAGAAUCGAAGUCAGUUUGUUAAAGAUUACAUCUUUUGGCUUACCGACAAGUCGAUACGUCCGCAGUUUGAGGCGUUCCUUCGAGGGUUCCACACCUGCCUCGAUCGCUCAGCGCUGUCCAUCUUCACACCAGAGGCUCUCAAAACCGUCGUCGAAGGUAUUCAAGAAAUUGACGUGGCAGAACUCGAGCACCAUGCUCGGUAUGAAGGUGGAUUCGGACCUACUCACCAAGUCAUCCGUGACUUCUGGAGUGUGGUCAAGCAGUAUCCGCCCGAGAAGAAGGCGCAGCUCCUUGAGUUCGUCACCGCGAGUGACCGAAUUCCCGUCAAUGGUAUCUCGAGCAUUAUGUUCGUGAUCCAGAAGAACGGCGUAGGAGAUUUGCGCCUCCCGACCAGUCUGACGUGUUUCGGCCGUCUACUCCUGCCCGAGUACUCCUCGAAAGAGGCACUGACCGAAAAGCUGGACAAGGCCCUUGAGAAUGCACGGGGAUUCGGGGUUGCAUAA